CUGGCCAGCCAACCCAAACCACCACUACUCUACAACUACAGUGUCCACUGCCCCCGUCACUUCAGUCUCGCUACCUCCGCAGCUUCGCCACGCACUCCCACCCCCAAUGCCGGCCGCCGCCCCUCGCGUGGCCUCUGCCGCCUCCGGAUCCGCCUCAGCGACGAGGGGCGUGCGGGUGGCGAGGGACAAAAGCGGCGGAGGGAAGCUGGAGGAGCGGACGGCCGUUGCAGUUGCAGUGAAGGUGGUGGUGGUGGAUCCGCAGCGCCUGCGCAUGGCGGCCUUCGAGCCCCAUCGAGUGCAGCACAUGGCUUCCAGGCUUCAGCUCUUGUACUUCAUUGCCAUUACAGUGCUCGCUUCGGUGUUCCAACCUUGCACGUCCAUUGAGCUCCACCGUGAGCUCUCUGGCUGGUCGAAUGGCAUUGCUACAUGGUAUGGCGAUCCUAAUGGUGCAGGAAGUGAAGGCGGUGCAUGUGGGUACCAGUAUGCUGUUGACCAGCCACCGUUCUCAUCCAGGAUUGCUGCUGGUAGCCCCUACAUCUAUGACUCUGGCAAGGGAUGUGGUUCGUGCUACCGGGUGGUGUGUGCUGGUAAUGAAGCUUGCUCUGGUAUCCCUGUAACCGUUGUCAUCACUGACCAGGGGCCUGGUGGCCCAUGCUUGGAAGAGCUAGUCGAUGGUCAAUGCAUGAAUGAAGCAGCUCACUUUGACAUGAGCGGGACAGCAUUCGGUGCCAUGGCGAGGCCUGGCCAGGCUGAUCAACUCCGUGGUGCUGGCCUCCUCCAAAUUCAGUACACCCGUGUGGAGUGUGAAUGGACUGGAGUAGGGCUAACCUUUGUCGUGGACUCUGGCUCCAACCCGAACUACCUGGCCCUGCUGGUGGAGUACGAUGACAACGACAGUGACCUUGCGGCUGUCGACAUCAUGCCGAUUGGUGCUGGUGCUUCGGGGUCAUGGAUUCCGAUGCAGCAGUCAUGGGGCGCAGUGUGGAGGCUCAACUCCGGCUCCGCCCUGCAGGGCCCGUUCUCCGUCCGCCUGACGUUCAGCUCCGGCCAGAUGUUUGUUGCCAGCAACGCCAUACCGGCAGGGUGGAACCCCGGCAUGGCGUACCAGCCCGGCGGAGUGGCGAUGAGGGUUAGGGGAAGAAAUGGUGGUCGCCGGGGCUACGAGGCCGUCGGGAUGCUGGGUGGCUUGUGUCACCUUCUACUGCUGCUGUUGUUAAUGUUGUUCGAGUUGUGACUUGUGAUGCACUAAAAACAUGUGCUGAAACUUUGGUGCUUUCUGUAGGACUAGCCAUGGUUGGAUUAGCCUGGCCGUGCUCUCUUGUAGCUCAGAUGAUGUAUUGCCCGCAGCCUUGGAGACAUUAUCAAUUUGUCAUGUGCUGGAUUAAUGGAAUAAGUAGUAUUCCACUGUUCUUACUUCUAGCUACUGUAGUUCAGGUUUGAUAGUCUCUGUAAAUAUGUUCCUUGGAAUUGUUGGGUUAUUUUCAAGCUCUUUCCUUAAGUUUGAA